ACACACACACACACACUGAAGGAAAGAAAAGCAGCUUUCCUCCUAGAGUGGCUCAGAGAGAGUCUCCAGCACAAGAGGCAUGGAGUGAUGGAUCUCCAGAUGUUUCUGUAGUCGGACUGUGGAGAUGUUGAGAGAUCUGAGCAUCAUAAAUCCAUAAGGAGCUUCAUUCAUCUGGACUGAGAAAAGGUUACAGAUUGACAGACACAGGAAGGACAGAAGACAAACCAGCAGAAGAGAGCGAUCUGGCCCACGAUGGCUUUUCCAUCUCGCUCUUUCUCUCUUUCUCAGGUUUCUGGUUUCACAGUGGAGUUCAGGCCGGCCGUCAGUGUGGAGUAACUGUGGAGGGAGCAGCGUGCGCGCGUGUGUGUGUGUGUGUGUGUUUCCAUGCCCUGGUCGUGCGGGCGGGCGGCUCGAGUCUCAGGGAUGGAGCUACAGGUUCGGACGGUUGGGACCCGCUGGAUGUCGAUGCUGCUUCAGCUGGGCGUGCUGUGGCUGCGCUCGUCCACUCAGGCGAACGUGCUGGAGAGCAUGUUACAGAGGAAUUCUGGGAAGGAGAGCAGCAGCAGCGUGACAGCAGUGAUUCCAGAGAGGAUGUUAUUGUGUCACUGUUAUCAUCACUGUCCUGAAGACUCCACCAACAACACCUGCAGGACUGAUGGUUACUGCUUCACUAUGGUGGAGGUAGAGGAGGGCGGCUCUCCGUUGCUCACGUCUGGCUGUCUGGGGUCAGUGGGCUCAGAGUUCCAGUGCAGGGACACUGGGAACGCUCUUCGGAGGAGGAUCAUAGAAUGCUGCACGGAUCAGGAUUUCUGUAACCGAGACCUCCAUCCGACGCUGCCUCCGCUCCAGAGCUCCGAUCAGGACAGCAGCAUUGAUCACACGGCUCUGUACACCUGGGUGUUCAUCUGCUGCAUCCUGCUGAUCUUCAUCCUCAUAUACUGCUACUACAGGUAUAACCGUCAGGUGACACGGGCGCGCUACAGCAUGGGUCUGGAGCAGGACGAGACCUUCAUCCCGGCCGGAGAAUCUCUGAAGGAUCUGAUCGAACAGUCUCAGAGCUCCGGCAGCGGAUCUGGACUCCCUCUGCUGGUGCAGCGAACCAUUGCCAAACAGAUCCAGAUGGUGAAGCAGAUCGGGAAGGGCCGUUACGGCGAGGUGUGGAUGGGCCGUUGGAGGGGAGAACGUGUCGCUGUAAAGGUCUUCUUCACCACAGAAGAGGCCAGCUGGUUCAGAGAGACCGAGAUCUACCAAACCGUCCUGAUGAGACACGAGAACAUCCUCGGUUUCAUCGCAGCGGAUAUCAAGGGCACAGGCUCGUGGACGCAGCUGUAUCUGAUCACGGACUAUCAUGAGAAUGGCUCGCUGUACGACUACCUCAAAUCCACCACACUGGACACCAAAGCACUGCUGCGGCUGGCAUACUCUGCCGUAUCCGGCCUCUGCCACCUGCACACCGAAAUCUUUGGCACACAGGGCAAACCGGCCAUCGCUCACCGAGACCUGAAGAGCAAAAACAUCCUGGUGAAGAAGAACGGCAGCUGCUGCAUUGCUGACCUUGGGCUCGCUGUCAAAUUCAUCAGCGACACUAAUGAAGUUGACAUCCCGCCCAACACGCGGGUCGGCACCAAACGCUACAUGCCUCCAGAGGUGCUGGACGAGAGCUUGAACCGCAGUCAUUUCCAGUCCUACAUCAUGGCCGACAUGUACAGCUUCGGCCUGAUCCUGUGGGAGAUGGCCAGGAGAUGUGUGUCCGGCGGGAUCGUGGAGGAGUAUCAGCUGCCGUAUCACGACCUGGUGCCAACCGACCCGUCCUACGAGGACAUGAGGGAGGUGGUGUGCAUCAAGAGACAGAGACCCUCGUUCCCAAACCGCUGGAGCAGCGAUGAGUGUCUGCGGCAGAUGGGUAAACUGAUGACCGAAUGCUGGGCUCACAAUCCCGCGUCCCGUCUGACCGCCCUGCGGGUGAAGAAGACGCUCGCCAAGAUGUCCGAGUCUCAGGACAUCAAACUGUGACCCGAAAGUCACUCCGUCCCAAGAGUCUGGAGAGAAAGAGCGGCUUUAUCCUGCUUUCUGUGAAAGUUCACUCAAGCCACUCGCCCUGCUGGUCAUCACAGAUCAACUCUGACCGUCACUCCAUCAUACACCGUAAAGACUUCAAUCUGCAACUCAAACUCUCAACAUUCAUCAAGACUUUUUUUUUUUUUUGAAGCAAACUCUCAACUGAACGAUUUAAUGAAAUGCAUUUUCCAACUCUGACACACCCAACAUUACAAGUGAAGCUUUUCCUCACGUUCUCUAGAAAACAGAACCUGGAAAUGAUGGCCAGGUCUUCACGCUGUAGAAAUACGUCUUUGUAAAAUAUGAAUGUAAAUACUGACUGUCAUGAGUUUAAAGUUUAAAUUUUUUUUUUUUUUUGCGUUGUUUUCAUGUUGCCUUGUGCCUUAUUUAACACACACACACACAAACACACACACACAAAAGUUUAAUAUUUCACAGUUCUGUGUAAAUGGAGUGAUAAAUAAAUGUACGUGUUUAACAUUCCUGCCCCUUUAAUAAAGUCAACUCAAUUCUGA